AUGGAGCAUCAUGCCGAUUACACCAAUGUUACUGGUCUUUCCAAAAAAGAGACUUUAGAGCACAUAUUGACCUCGUACGAGGCACUAGUUACUGAUAAUUGGGUAUCUAAUUUAUCCAAUUGUUCGUCUUUAUUAUGGCACGGCUACCAUUCACUCAACAUACCAGUGAAUUGGACAGGGUUUUAUUUAAAGCAAGACAACAACGGUAAACGUGAGUUGGUUUUAGGUCCGUUUCAAGGAAAAGUCGCUUGUCAGGUUAUACAAUGGGGUAAAGGAGUUUGCGGUACAGCAGCAGCAACGAGUAAAACUCAGUUGGUGUCUAAUGUAAAUGAAUUCCCUGGCCAUAUUGCGUGUGACGGAGAAACUAAGAGCGAGAUUGUUGUGCCAAUCGUCAAGGACGAUGGAGAAGUUGUGGCGAUUAUUGACUUGGAUUGUUUGGAACUAAACGCUUUUGAUGAGGAAGAUGUGAUUUAUUUGGAGAAAUUGGCAAAAUUGAUUAGCAAGUGUCUUUGA